GUGCGGCAGAGAAAAACAGACGGGACUCCAUCGCUAGCGAGCAGCUAGUGCGGCUGACGUUUAUUUUUGUUAUCCCUGUUUCGUAGCAAAAAAAAAAAAAAAAAAAAAAAAAACCAUCGGAUGUAGAUUUUUUUUUUUUGUAAAAGUGCGGUGUGUACGUAGCUUAUUAGUUUGUCCAAAGUGUCAUCGAGCAGCUAAAACACGGAAUCGCACCAACAUCUUUACCCCUCAGCCGGAAAAACCAACCGAGCUAACGUUAGCUUACGUAGCUAAUGCCAAGAUAGCUAGCGGGCUAGCUUUCACCACCUAAGAUUUGACGGAAUCGAUUUUAUUUACCCCCCCUUAACGCUGCAAUGGCUGAUGUUGACAAGCUCAACAUAGACAGUAUCAUCCAACGUCUUUUAGAAGUCAGGGGGGCAAAGCCUGGCAAGAAUGUGCAGCUGCAGGAGAAUGAGAUCCGUGGAUUGUGCCUGAAGUCCAGGGAGAUCUUCCUCAGCCAACCCAUCCUGCUGGAGCUGGAGGCCCCCCUCAAGAUUUGUGGUGACAUCCACGGGCAAUACUACGACCUGCUGAGGCUGUUUGAGUAUGGGGGCUUCCCUCCAGAAAGCAACUACCUGUUUCUGGGUGACUAUGUGGACAGGGGGAAGCAGUCUCUGGAAACCAUCUGCCUCCUGCUGGCCUACAAAAUCAAAUAUCCAGAGAACUUCUUCCUGCUGAGGGGAAACCAUGAGUGUGCUUCAAUCAACAGAAUAUAUGGUUUCUAUGAUGAGUGUAAAAGAAGGUACAACAUCAAACUCUGGAAGACCUUCACAGAUUGUUUUAACUGCCUCCCUAUUGCCGCCAUUGUUGAUGAGAAGAUCUUUUGCUGCCACGGAGGACUGUCACCUGACCUUCAGUCCAUGGAGCAGAUCAGACGCAUCAUGCGCCCCACUGAUGUGCCCGACCAGGGUCUGCUGUGCGAUCUGCUCUGGUCUGAUCCAGACAAGGAUGUUCUGGGCUGGGGAGAGAACGACAGGGGCGUAUCAUUCACCUUUGGCUCAGAGGUGGUGGCCAAGUUCCUGCACAAGCAUGACCUGGAUCUGAUCUGUCGUGCUCAUCAGGUUGUUGAGGAUGGCUAUGAAUUUUUUGCGAAGAGGCAGCUCGUCACUUUGUUCUCAGCGCCGAACUAUUGUGGGGAGUUUGACAACGCUGGUGCCAUGAUGAGUGUGGAUGAGACCCUCAUGUGCUCUUUCCAGAUUUUGAAACCAGCUGAGAAGAAGAAGCCCAACGGCAGCCGUCCCGUGACCCCCCCUCGUAACAUGGUCACCAAGCAAGCUAAGAAAUGAGUGGAGGGGCACAAAUAGCCGGAGUCUCACUCCUCUGUUCUGCUUUCGUCUUCUGCAUUUGAAGGAUAGGUUAUCCUUCGUGCUGCCAAUACUGAAAAGAUAUUCACUCCUACACGAUGAAAGCAAAAUAUUUUAUUGUUUUGUCCACAGGGGUAAAUUGAUAUGUCACCAUGAAAACCUCAGGUGUUUUGCACUCAUUUUGCAGCUAGUCUUUGCCACAUAUGACUGUUCAAUCAGGAAAAAUGUAACAAUACGGCUACUUAUGCACAGGAAUGCCUUGUUUGAAGCUGUGCACAAUUUUUCCAGUUUCUUUUGAUGUCUUAUUGAUUUGUCAUCUUUUUCUCACUGUUGGCAUUGGGUAUUAAUGGCUAUAAAACAAACGGGGGGAAGGGGGGGAGUCACAAACACCUGUUUACUUCUGUAAAACAUUAUUUACAGUUUAUUUACUGUCAGUGUCAUAGGAUAUUGAUUUACACUGCAUCAUCACAUUUUUAAACAAGUCUUGUGCUAAAUUAAAUGAAUAAAGAAGCACUCUUGUAAUGUCUAAAUCUUUCUAAUAAACUUUGAGUGUAUUUUAGGGGGAAA